GAAGCGUGUCUCCACCCCUGCAGAGUCCAAACUCCGUCUGUGUUCCGUUUGUCCUGAGAUCUUCUGUGCUCUCUGUAAAGCAGAACAGCUGGAGACACAAUGGGAAGACAUUCAGAGCGAGAAGUGGAAUAAAUGCUGUAGAGAAGCAGAAGAACAGCUGGAGGAGAAGUUCAGGGUUCACCUGAGAGUGAGCUGAGAUCCCACUGCAGGACAGGUUCACACACGUUCCUGCCCAAAACCCCCCCUUCAACCGGGACUACAGGGAUUUACUACUGCUGGACUCUGUGUGUGUGUGUGUGUGUGUGUGUGUGUGUGUGUGUGUGUGUGUGUGUGUGUGUGUGUGAGUGAGUGCCAGGAUGGUCUCAGAGGAGGACUCAAAGGAAGUGCUAGAGAGCGUGCAGGAUGCCGUGGGCCGACAUCUCAAACUGAGCCUGAGAAAGAAGGUGCAGCUUGAGGGCAAAGGUGACAAGCAGGACACCCGAAUCCUGGCUCUGGCUCCACAUCGGGCAUUUCUGCUGUCAGCUCGAGUUCCUGCCCGGAUAGAACAAAGCUUUAAUUUCUUCGACAUCCAAGUGGUGGGCAGCAGCAGGACAGGCCAGUUGGUGGUGGACUAUGAUAAAGGACAGCUGUGUGUGAGACUCAGCUCCAAUGAGGAGGUUGAUGAAGUCAUCGCUCAGAUAGGAGUCAGUAUACAGGAGCACUGCCCCGGCCUCAACCCAAUGAGGGUGAUGAAGAGGUUAUCUCUGAAGCCCCCUGAAAGGAUGAAUCUACAAGCAUUCUGGGAAAAUAAUCAUUCCAUUGAUACUGGACCUUGUGGUGCUUUCUCUCGGAUGUACUGGUGUGUGUGUGAUCAGAUGGGGCUGCCUUACAAAGCGGAGGUGCAAUGGGACGUGGACACUAUCUACCUCACCCAAGACACAAAAGAGCUCAACUUACAAGACUUUAUCCACCUGGAAACCAGGGAUCUGAUAGCCAUCAUUGCAGUUUUGGAGUACAACCAGUGGUUCACCAAACUCUCCCUCAAGGAUUUUAAACUGUCCACAGAUUUAUGUGAUCAAAUCUUGAGAGUUGUGGCUCGAUCUAGCAGAUUAGAAGAACUGGCUCUGGAAAACACAGGACUCAAAGCUGAUUUUGCACAGAAGUUGGCCAGCGCUCUGAGCCAGAAUCCACACUCAGCUCUACACACACUCAACCUGGCCAACAACUCAGUGGAGGACAAAGGCAUUGUGUCUCUGAGUUUACCCCUGGGAAAACUUCCAUCUGGACUGAAACAUCUGAACCUCUCGAAAAACUCUCUCUCAGCUAAAGGUGUGAACCUUCUGGCUCAAUCUCUGUGUUCCAACUUGGCCUUCUUUAACACACUGACACACCUUGACCUGUCUGGAAACACACUGAGGGGAGACGAUCUGUCUAACCUGUGGAACUUCCUGAGUCAGCCGAACAUCCUGCACACUCUCGACCUGUCAAACUGUGACUGUGCUCUGGAACUGGUCUGCUCUUCUUUACUCCGAGGCUCUCUGCAACAUCUUUCCAUCCUCAACAUGUCCAAGAGUGUCCUAAAUAUUAAGAAAGGAAAGGAGCUGCCAUCCUCCUUUAAGCAGUUCUUCAGCACCGCGCUGGCGCUCAACACUAUCGUCCUCUCCGGCACCAAAUUGCCUCCUGAGGCUCUGAAAGCUCUGUUGCUUGGUCUGGCCUGUAAUCCCAACCUAAAAGAUAUCUCAUUGGAUCUGAGCAGCUGUGAGCUGCGUUCACCUGGAUCCCAGAUUUUGGAGGGCUGUAUAGCAGAGAUUCCCAACGUCUCCAACCUGGAUAUUUCAGACAACAGUUUGGACUCUGAUCUGACGACUUUGCUGGUGUGGCUGGCUAAAAAUCGCUCCAUCAGACAGCUGUCUCUGGGCAAGAACUUCAACAACAUCAAAUCCAAGAAUCUGGGCCAGGUGCUGAACAGUUUGGUUCUUAUGAUCCAGGAGGAGGAAUCUCCACUCAGCUCUCUGUCCCUGGCUGAUUCGAAGCUGAAGGGCGAUCUGUCCAUCGUGCUGAAUGCUGUAGGUGGGAACAGCUCCCUGACUCGCCUGGACAUCAGCGGCAAUGGCAUGGGGGACAUGGGGGCUAAAAUGCUGGCCAAAGCCCUGCAGAUCAACACCAAACUCAGGACUGUGAUUUGGGACAGGAAUAAUGUCAGCGCUCAGGGUCUGCAGGACGUCGCCUCUGCUUUGGAGAAGAACUACACUAUUCGCUUCAUGCCGGUGCCCAUCAUGGAUGCAGCACAAGCCCUGAAGUCCAGCCCUGAGAAAACCGAGGACGCGCUCAUGAAGAUGGAGCAGUAUCUCUUGAGGAACCACGAAACAAGGAAAUACCUUCAAGAACAAGCCUACAGGCUACAACAAGGCAUUGUGACAUCCACCACACAACAGAUGAUUGACAGGCUUUGUGUGAAGGUGCAGGACCACCUGAAUUCUCUUCGCUUCAAUGAAAGAGAGAAGGUUCAGGAGGAUAUGAGAGCCGGAGAGACUUGUCAAGGACGCCAAGCUCAAAAAGACUGCUGUCCAGAAUAUCAGCUGCGCUCGGCAAAGCAUACGGCUAGAGAGGGAGGUGUGAGCGGAGCUGAUGAAGGUGGAGACGGAGGUGGAUUGUGUGAGAUGGUCGAGAGCCCGUGGGUGUCCCCGAUCCAGGACAAACUGGAGUCCAUGGCAGGAGAAGUCAGCACUGUCAUAAACCAGCAGCUGCAGACUUUGCUGGUGUCCAUGGUGGACACGGCGGAAAGUGUGUGUCCUCACGUGAUGCACACAGCAAACCUGAGGCAAACUCUGAUGCGGGUGAGCGAGGGGAAGAUGAGCGUGCCUCGAACCUUCAUCACCAACACCCUGCUCGAGCAGUCUGCCGUCGACAUCAUCAACAAGAUCAGUGAAGUAAAGCUCAGCAUGGCCUCGUUCCUCUCCGACCGCAUCAUUGAUGAGAUUUUAGAGUCUCUUUCUCGAUCUCAGCACACACUGGCAGAGCAUCUGAGUGGGCGUGGCCAACCGCUGAUUCAUCAUGAUUCAGAGGAGACUGAGGUUCUCGAGGAGGACCAACUGGAGCCAGAAAACCUGCCAGCACCUUCAUCUAACCUGCUGCUGUCUCCAACCUCCAAGAGGCAGAGCAUCCUUUUUCGGAUGGUGCGUCCCAUCUCCGUGGCCUUCGAGCUGGAGUUUGAUUUGGAUAAAGCGCUGGAGCAUGUGCCCAUUCACCUGGAAGACCCGCCCCUUCCUCCACCCCCUGAACCCGUGGAGGCGGAGCUCGAGAGGCCAGAGAGUGUGUUUUUUACUGAUCUGCCAACAGAAACAGAAAGCCCCAAACUUGAACACAUGACCAAAAACCGCCCACGGAGGAAGAAGACCAAAACCAAACCGAGAAAAGGAGUGGUGGGAGAUUGUAGAAGCCUUCCUGCAGACAUGGAGCAGACAGAGUUUGUUGGGAAAGUGGAUGAGGGGCUGGACGACUUCUUUGGUAAAAAAGUCGCAAGGAUUUGCAUCAAGUGUCCCUCAAUAAAAGACGCAGGUCCAGAAGGCGAGAAGAGGCGGGAAUCUCGCAUGAGUGGCUUCUUCAACCUCAUUAAAUCCCGUACUUCCAUAAAAUCUCCACCCACGAGUCCACACACAUCUGUUCCUGCAACAACAACCACUAGCACGCCAUCUUCACCAUCUACGACUGAACCCGAUAACGCAGAAUCCACAAAGCCUGCAGUGAAAAGCCCUGUCCCAGAACACACUCAAGAACCAAUCAAGACUCAGAUCCUGGAGAAAGCCGAACCUUGUGAACCCAUAGAUACAGCUGUGACCUCUGAGAGUAAAGGUCAUGCCGAAGAGGGGAAGAAGAGGGAAGGGCCGCAGGGGGGGCGGAUCCGAGGGGUACAGGUGAUGGGGAACGACUUCCUGGCGCAACUACGGGCCAAACAGGAGAAGAUGAAAGGAAAAGCAGGUGAAGCCUCAUCCGCAAACAAACCCGAAUCCAACCACGCUGAUAAUGACGGUGCAGCUGUAGACAAGCCAGCGCAGAAAGAGCACCAACCAGAGGCUGUGUCGAAACCUCUCUAUCCUUCUCCUCAUCUCCUGAAAGCAACUGCUCCUGCCUCUGUUCACACACCAGCCUCUGUUCACACACUUGCAGCCACACACACCGGCCUCAAAGCCUCACUCAGCCCACCGUCCGGCAACCACAAAUCCACCCCGAGCAUCCACCAAGAGCAAAAACCAAGCCAAGAGCACCAUCCUUCCGGCCCCCCGAGCAGCUCCAGCAUAUCUACAAAUGAUGUCCCAAUUCAUGUCGAUGAUGUCUCUUCUACCAAACAAUCUGCAAUGAACCAACACCAGAAGGAGGAGUCAUCUAGCCUGGAGAAAGAGGAACAUAUAUGUGUCUCUUCUGGCUCGUUUCCUAUAGUGCUGGAUGCUGCAGCAGAGGGCAGUGUGUUUGAGCCAGAAAACAACACACAGCCCUCACACAUCGCAGUACAACGCAGCACCUCCCUUCAGUCCUCCAGUUCCACCAGUGCUGCCGAAGAUAAAGACGAUCAACAGCACCCCGUGUCCCUGCCUGCAAAAGUUGACCUUCUGACUUCUACAGACUCUACUUUAUUUCCGAGUCUCUGGAUUCCAGCAGCUCUGACACUCAGCUUCAGUCUUCUGCAGUGCCUCAACACACAGACCCAACUCAGGAGGAAAUCUCGAGCAGCGAGGAUGAGAGUACAGAGUAAAAGCGAAACCAAGCAGGGUCGGGUUUCCCAAAAGCUUCACCCUCAGAAAGAUCACAGUUAAAUAGUAGCGCAAGCAUUACCUUGAUAAAAUUUUCUCUCAAUCCUGAUGUUCAGAAUUUAGCCAUGUUUUUGGGAAACUUGGCCCAGAACAUUAGAAUAUAAACCAACCAAACCAAACACCAGAAAAUAACCGGAAAUGUACAAU